UAUAAAAUGGUAUAGUUUUUAAAUUUUAAAUUUUAAAUUGUUUUAAACAUGUUGUAAUUACUCAAAAGAAAAUUCGUUUCAAAAUAAUUAAUUCCUGCAUAUAAAUAAACACGGAGGUGACUAUUAAUCAACUACCGAUAUGAAAUUAAAUUCACGACCCUGGUAUAGAUUUCAGUGUCUGAUUGUGCAGGGGAUACGCACGUGAUAUACCCAGUACUUUUGGGGAUUUCCAUUUUACCACCCAGCACUGUUGGGGAUUUCCACUUUACCGCCCGCUGGACAGAAAAAAGUCGCUUUCCAAUGCUUCAACCGCUAUUGAAAACCAAACUUUCGGUGCAGGCGUGACAAAAUAAACAUUUCAAUGUCACGUCUUUCAUACUAAUGGCUAAUGGACGAAAUAUUUCCUGGUCAGGAUACGUGUCUCAGAGAUGGGUGAUGGCCGUGAUGGGCAUGAUGGGCGUCAUGAUAGCGUACGUGAUGCGGGCCUGCUUGGGCAUAACCCUCACGCAAAUGGUUAGGCCAGUGGUUAUGGUGGAUGAAAGUGUAAGAUCUAUUCGGCACGAAUAUUGUCCGAUGCCACAUUCAUCGUCGAACGGCAACACUAAGUCCAACAGGACAGACAUAACCGAGGACAAGUAUCAAAACCGGUUCGAUUGGGAUGAGAAGACGCAGGGGGAGAUCCUGUCGUCGUUCUACUAUGGUUACAUACUCACGCACUUACCCAGCGGCGUCUUAUCCCAGAGGUUCGGUGGCAAGCACACGAUGGGGUUAGGAAUACUGUCUACCGCUGUCUUCACGCUGAUGACUCCGUACGUAUCGUACAUGGGUACUAGGCCACUGACCAUUCUGCGGUUCAUCGAAGGACUUGGUGAAGGCACUAUGUUCCCGGCUCUCUGUACACUCUUGGCGCAGUGGGCUCCACCUGAGGAAAAGGGAAAGCUCUCCACACUGGUAUUUGCAGGUGUGCAAAUUGGUAAUAUUUUCUCUAAUUUCUUGAGUGGUUUAAUCAUACAAUACAUACCUGGUGGUUGGCCAAACGUCUUUUACAUCUUCGGCAUAACCUCGUUGAUUUGGUUUGUGCUCUGGUGCAUGUUUGUUUACGACGACCCUAGUUCUCAUCCGUUCAUAUCGAAAGUUGAACGCGACUACUUAAAAGAAUCGAUCGGAAGUCUCGAAAGGCAAAAGGACUUGGCCCCCACGCCAUGGAUAACCAUAUUAACGUCGUGGCCAGUAUGGGCACUAAUUAUCGUUGAAGCAGGUCAUGACUGGGGUGCAUAUACAAUUAUCACCGAUCUGCCAAAAUAUAUGAAUGACGUCUUACAUUUUUCCAUUAGUGAGAACGGAUUAUUAUCGUCCUUCCCAUACAUCGCCCAAUGGGUUACGUCGAUCUUAGUUAGCAUAUUGGCCGACUGGCUGAUAACUAAACGAAUAAUGAGUGUCACUGCGGUUAGAAAAAGUUUUGCCGUUAUAGGAAAUGUUGGGCCUGGUAUUGGUGUAAUAUGUGCUUCGUUUGUCGGAUGUAACAAAAUGUUAGCAACUCUGUGUUUUACUUUGGGUUUGGCACUAAUGGGAUUCUGUUAUCCCAGCAUCCGUGUCAAUUCACUUGACUUGUCACACAAUUACGCUCCAACUAUAAUGGCACUAGUCAACGGUAUUGGUUGUUUAUCAGGAAUGGCCACUCCUUACAUCGUCGGAAUUCUGACACCAAAUAGAACUGUGUUAGAGUGGCGUCUUGUGUUUUGGAUUAUGAUGGCAGUAAUGACAGCAUCAUCUGUGGUGUAUGGGAUAUAUGGAUCUGGUGAAUUGCAACCCUGGGAUAACUUACAACAACAUUGUUUAAAAGAAAAUGAAAAAUCAAAGAGGGAAUUACCUAUGAACGAAAGAUUAAGUAUAAUUUAUUCUAAAUCUAUAGAUGAUUGAAACUCGUAUAAUAGUUAGAAUCUUGACUAGUUGGACUAACAAAACUACACUGUAAAUAGUAAAUUAUAUUAUUAAUAUACGUAACCUAUAAUAUUAUAUUAUACCUAAAAUAUUUCAAUCUGAUUUUUAUUUUCUAUCGAAAAAUAAGAUAACUAUAAGCUAUUUCAUGUUUUUACUAUGAAUACAUUGUCGAAAGUCUGAACCAUACACAAUUCGAUAUUGGUCUUAUACGAAAACGCAAUAUAAGGUAAUCAUUUGUUAUAUCAUUAUUUCAAAAACUAUGAAUGUUUUUAAAAAUAUUUUUCUUACAGAUUUAUAAGUUUAAAAAAAAAGAACAUGGAAAAUCUUACACAUUUUUUGUAUUUUUAUUACCUACAACUAUGUAAAAAAAAUUGUUAAAAACGUUAAUAAUUAUUUACAUAAAGAAUCAC